CAACACCUGCGCUCUACACGAAACAGAGGAUUCAGCUUCCCUCUCCUCUUUGCAAUGUAGACAAGCAGAAUGAAGAAGAACCUACCACUCGCCUUAACUGUCGCCAUCUUGGCCUCACUAACCAGUCAGACUGCCGCCUAUGGCAAUUCCAAUCCACACUACGGUGCCGGCCGGCGCAUCCCCUUCGACAGCAUUCGAGCCCUCACCUUCUACGAUGGCCACAAGACGGCAGCUCGGAGAACAUCACCAGUCCCGCAGCUCACCUGCGAAGGCAAGCUCUGUCGCAAGUUUCAACCAGAUGUCGUCUCCUGCACCAGUCUAGGCGAUGGCCAGUGGAAAUGCGAGGCGGACCUGCCCUCCUCCAUCAGGCUAGGCCGCGUUGAGGUGUCGUGUGAGGGAUACGAAUCUCCUCGUGACCCAUACGUGCUCAAGGACUCAUGCGGGCUCACAUAUAAGCUUCUCCCGGCCUAUGGAGCUAUGGGCGCAGAUGAUGAGACGAUGCAUUACAGGAGGAGGAAGGGGAUCACGUUCGACGAUGUUUUGGGCUUCAGCUUCCCUUUGAUCUUCAUUGGCGUGCUGGGAUGGAUACUUUGGGGCUUCGUGAGGUCGAUCAGAGGAGAAGGGGCAGCACAGCAUGGGCGUGGUGGUGGUCCGUACGGAGGAGGUGGUGGCGGCGGCUGGGGUGGGUGGGGCGGUGGACCUGGCGGAUGGGGACCAGGUUGGGGCUCAGGCGGGGGUGGUGGUGCACCACCGCCGCCGUACUCCAAGAUGGACCCUUCAGGCUCAUCGACAUCAGGCACUGCUCAAGGAGGCGGAGGCUCCAACUUCUGGACAGGUGCAGCGGCAGGCGCUGCAGCAGGCGUGCUGGGCUCUAUGCUCGCUGGCAACAGACGAGGCGACAGGCGAAGAGGCUAUGAGUACGACCCAUACGCUGGUGCCGCAGGCUUUGGAGGUGGUGGGCUGGGAGCAGGAUGGACCGGUGGAGGAGGCACGGGCGGCUACGGCGGUGACUCAAUGGCCGGGCCGAGUGGGACAAGGUCGUCUACAGGCUAUGGCGGCACAAGGAAUCGCUAGCAUGGCAUGCUCCCCAUCACAAUCAAUGUCAUAUACAUCUUAGAUCACGCGCUGUUGGUCUGAUCGACGAACGUGAGAUUGCUCAUCGAGGUAAUGCUAGUAAUGACAAGUGGGUGAGAGAGAAAAGAGAGGAAGCAAGGCGGUGGGCAUACCACGCUGACGUCCCAAACAUUUACG